AGACCAUUUCAAACACCAGUUUUGUUUAGUGUUCGGGGUGGAUUUCAUCAAAUCUUGGGUCAUAUUUCUGCCAGUUUCAGGGGCAGGCCUUUAAUAUUUUGAGUCACAUUUCCAUGGAGCACAGAGAUGAUGAUGAUGAUGAUGUGUCUUUUGCCAAAUGGAUGAGCAGCUUUUGGGGUCACAACUGGAAAGACAAGGAUGAGCGAGGACUCCGGGACCACCACCGACCACAAGAAGCAAGCUACAGGAAGGCUUCUCUGCCCUGCCCAUUUCCUGCGUUUCCCAGCGUGACAUCACCUGACUGCCACCCUAGAAGGCAUUCACAUGAAGACCAGGGAUCCCAAGGCCACCUUCCCAUGCGGUAUCACAGAAAAUGCUCAGCGGAUGGGCCAUUCAAGGAGCCAAUGGAACCACGAAGAGGCGCUCAUUCCAAAAUGCAGGAAUUUUCAGAAUCCUUUGAGCAACACCUGUGCCUUCGAACCAAGCACUCUCCCUCUGCGGGACCCAAAGGGAAGAAGGAGAGAAACGAAAGACAUUGUCCAGAGACUGACAUGAGAUCCUACAAGAGACUGGAAGACAGAAGGAGCUCAAUGAAGGAAGCACAUGGAGAUGCCCCCAUGGCUCCCCUGCUUGAAAAGGGGCCUGAAUAACGCUUUGUUUUGACAUCAGCAUUGCUGUGACAGAUGUCACUGGUUGUUCUGAGACUCAGUUCUUCCUGCAGAAUGGCAGCUGGGGAGGGUGUCUGCAGAUGUUGAGACUGAUAGUGGGCAGCUGGAGUGGCUGCUUGUCACGAUGAUUUGUGCUACAGUUCAGAUGCCUCUGGCAUCUUACUUGAGUGUGCAAUCUGCUUUUUAUGUCCUUUCAUGGUAAGAAAAAAUAAAGGC